GAGAGCAAGAGAGUGUUUCAAACACUGCCACGCUAUAGGCAUCAAGUUAUAUGUGAAGGCUCUGAAUAACCAUGGAUAUGACCAGAUAAAUGUGAAUCUGUAAAAUGAGUAGCCAAGUUAAGCAAAAAAUUAUUUUUUUGGUUGGUAUGCCAGGCUCUGGCAAGAGCACGCUCUCCAAACGAAUGGUGGAACGGUUCGGAUUUAGGCAUAUAUCCGCUGGAGACUGUUUGCGUGAAGAAAUGAGCGACCCAAAAUCCUCAGAGUCGGAAUACAUCCGCUCCUUCAUUGAUGCCGGGAGAAUUGUCCCCGCGGAAAUAACCCUUCGUCUAAUGCGUAAAAAGAUAGAAGGACUUGGUUGGGGGAAAUAUGUGGUCAUAAUUGAUGGAUAUCCAAGGAAUUUGAAUAAUGUAGACGGCUGGAGCAGGGAAAUGUCCAACGAUGUUGAAGCUCUACAUUUGAUUUCACUAGAGUGCUCAGAAGAUGUUUCAGCUGAUCGUAUGUUGUCGAGAAGUUCUCAUUCAGGCCGAUCCGAUGACAAUGUAAAUGUUUUAAAGGAGCGAUUUAAAGUAUUUUACGAAGAGACUAAACUCGUUAUAUCAUGUUUCCGUGCAGCCUCCAGAUGUACGGUAAUCGACGCCAAUCGCACUAGAGAUGAAGUUUGGGAAGACAUUGAAGCCCUUAUAACAUCGUUUGGAUACAAAUGA